AUGGUAGACAUAAGUUAUCUCCGUUAUUCAGAAAUUGAAGGCAUAAUUUCAGCAUGGCUUCUUGCUAUAGCCAUCGCUUUAACUUUAGAUUCAUUUAUUCGAGCUUUAUUAAAUAGAAAAAUUCCAACAAUUCAAUUAUCCAACAUAGUUAAUAUCGAUUGGCUCAGCAAUAAUGGUUAUUGGCUUCUUAAGCCUGUAAAUCUUGCAACCUUGAUUAGCGAAAUAAUUAUGCCUUUAAUGUUAAUUACAAGUUCAUAUUGUUCAAAUAUUGCGACAAAUGAAGUUGAUAAUUCAAAUUGUUAUUAUGCUACUAAAAGAACUACUGUCUCUAGUUUACUAAGAACUAAACUUGAAAGUUAG